AUGUGUGAUAGCUUGGAUGAUGCCAACAGGGUGUUUGAGGAAAUGACUGAAAGAGAUGCAGUUUCUUGGAAUACCCUCAUUUCAGGGCAUGUUAGAUUAGGGCAGAUGAGAAGGGCAAGGGCCAUCUUUGAGGAGAUGCAGGACAAGACCAUAUUUUCUUGGACAGCUAUCGUUUCCGGGUAUGGUCGCAUUGGGUGCUAUGCAGAUGCAUUGGAAUUUUUCCGGAGAAUGCAAAUGGUGGGUAUUGAGCUUGAUGAGAUUAGUCUUGUUUCUGUUUUACCAGCUUGUGCCCAGCUGGGAGCUCUUGAGUUAGGGAAAUGGAUACAUAUUUAUGCAGAUAAAGCCGGGUUUUUGCGCAACAUUUGUGUUUGUAAUGCUUUGAUCGAAAUGUAUGCAAAAUGUGGAAGUAUAGAUGAAGGGCGUCGCUUGUUUGAUCAGAUGAAUAAGAGGGAUGUGAUGUCUUGGAGUACGAUGAUCGUAGGGCUAGCAAAUCAUGGAAGAGCUCGUGAAGCUAUUGAAUUGUUUCAAGAAAUGCAGAAGGCAAAGAUUGAACCCAACAUCAUCACCUUUGUCGGUCUUUUAUCAGCUUGUGCCCAUGCUGGCCUUUUGAAUGAGGGAUUGAGGUACUUUGAGUCCAUGAAAAGGGAUUACAAUAUAGAACCAGGGGUUGAGCAUUAUGGCUGUUUGGUCAAUCAUCUUGGUCUUUCUGGACGCCUUGAUCAGGCUCUUGAACUCAUAAAGAAGAUGCCAAUGAAGCCGGAUUCGGCUAUUUGGGGUUCGUUAUUGAGUUCCUGCAGAAGUCACAACAAUCUCAAGAUUGCAGCCAUUGCAAUGGAGCAUCUGCUAGAGCUUGAACCAGACGAUACGGGGAACUAUGUCUUGCUUUCAAAUCUUUAUGCAGACUUGGGAAAGUGGGAUGGUGUAUCGAGGAUGAGGAAACUCAUGAGUAGUAAGUAUAUGAACAAGACACCAGGGUGUAGUUCAAUUGAGGUGGACAGUAUGGUUCAAGAAUAUGCAUCAGGUGAUGAUUCAAAACCAUUUUCCAAAGCUAUAUAUAGGGUACUAAAGCUGCUGGUUAUGCAUCAGAGCAAAAUGGAUGAUGAUAUCAUGAAAAUUAUGGUUCAUGACAUAAGCUAA